AUGUAUGCUGGAGCAGGUUUUGUCGAUGGUAAUGUUUUACAAAUUGCUCAUUAUAUGUUUAGUGAACAAGAAAGACUUAAGAGCUCCACGUGGAGAGAGUUGCAAUCUGUCGAGUUUAUAUUAGAAAGUAUGUUCGCACAGUUAGCAGGAAAACUUGUAAAAAUUUAUAUUGACAAUCAAAAUGUCGUGCAUAUUUGUCGAGUUGGUAGCAUGAUGCCUGAUUUACAUGAACUUGCUAUGGAUACUUAUACAACUUACAUAGUUAAUAGUAUUACGAUUGAUGUUGAGUGGAUCGAUCCACGAUCUGAAAAUGUACAAGCAGAUUACUUAAGUAGAAUUUUUGAUUUUGAUGACUGGGCUGUGGACGACAGCGUUUUUCUUAUGUUUAAAAACAGAUGGGGGAAAUGUACGUUUGACAAAUUUGCAGACGAUAAAAAUCAUAAAAUUGCACGGUUUAAUUCAAAGUUUUGGGUUCCAGGAACUACAGGAGUCGACUCUUUCUCUUUCGACUGGUCAGGAGAAAAUAACUGGAAUGUGCCUCCAGUCGACUUAGUUUGCCGAGUUUUAAAUCAUAUGUUAACUUGUCGUGCAAAAGGUGUAUUGGUAGUUCCUUAA